AUUUCAUCCGUCUGUUCCACCCACAUCCUUUUCCGGUCGUCCUUGACCAUAUUCUUCUCCUCAUAUCUUCACUUAUCGGUUUUAAAUCUCAGGAUUCAUCAUUUAGACAUCAGAAUUCAGAUUGCCAAAUGAACGUCUUCCAAGUCAUUAUUUUCUUAUUGUCAGUUCUUGCUGUGUUCUCUUCAGCUGAUCUUUCCAUUGAUGGCGAAUCGUUAGUUUUGUCUAUAAACGAAGAAGGUCCAAUCAAAGUGAGAAGAGCAAGAGAAACCGGAGAACAUUGAUAAGCGAUUGAAGUCUACAUAAUUUAAUGUAAAUUAUUGAUAUGUCAUGCUUUAGUAAUAACUAAAGAACUGUUUUGUUCACAUUUAUUUAAUUGUGUAAAUGCUAUGGAAAUAUUACGUCUGAUACGAUAUCAAUGAACACUUAUAUAUUUUUUUU